AUGGCAUCCCCGAGCCCCCCGGGGCGUACAAGUGGCGGCGGUGGAGCAGGGCGGACUCCCUCCUCCACGUGUGCUCGCCCUGACGACGUGAUCUCGUCAUUCUUGGCGGCGGGGAGGGCGGAGAGGCUUCAUUGGGAGCAAACCCAAUUGCUGCCAUCUUACCACGAUGGCCUUCUCGUUGAGACUGUUGCGGCCUAUCGACUGAGGCUGGCGUUCCUGGCGGCGAAGGUGGAGUACCUUCGAGGGCGCAUCAACGACACGGUGCUGCUAGGGGCGGCUCCUUCCCAAGCGAAGAGCGAACAAGAGAUGCGGUGCGCUCUUCGCAAGAACACAGAGGCGGCCAUUGAGCGUUUAGCAGAGGUUGCUGUGCACUGCUGGGUUGAGGAAGAUGUGCAUUCGGAGGUGAGUGCAUUUUGUGAGGAGCUACUGGGAGACGCGGAUAAAGCGACUCUGCGAAGCAUCGUGGAGGAGAUUGCAUCGGAGGCCUUGCCGUAG